AAUCAAUCGAGUAGAUAGUGCUAAAAUCAUUCAUAAGCUGAUGUGGUGAUAAUGUGAUUAAGAAUGUACAACUUUUCUGCGGGUACCCUAAGUAUUGUAAUAAUUUGGUUGGGUUCCAUAUCCAACUUAAAUUCCAUGAAACUUAUUUUUGGAGAAUGCCCCGUAUUUCUUUACGAAAGAUGCAUACAUCCCGAAUUGGUGAAAUUUUCAUUAUCCAUUCCAUAUGAAAACGACAAUUUGAUAUACGAAUUGGAUCCAUUAAAUCUAGAACUGCCUAGGGAAUUUAAUCCCUUAAUUCCUCUAAAGGUUGUGAUACAUGGAUAUGGGGGUUUGGAUAUUGAUAUUAGUACUGGUAACGUCACCAAGGCAUACCAGGACGUUGGUUAUAAUAUUAUAAUAGUUGAUUGGGAGCCUUUAGCGGAAAUUCCAUGUUACACCACUGCGUACUUAAACACAUGGUACGUAGCACAAUGCAUUACAAUUUUACUGGUAGGAUUGGUUCCACUUGGGAUAAACCCUCAAAUUAUACAUGUAGUUGGAUUUAGUCUUGGUGCGCAUGUGUCAGGACUGGUGGGCAAUAAUUUGCAAAAAACAUUGGGCUCUUCUUUUUACAGAAUCACUGGUCUCGAUCCGGCUCUGCCAUUUUUCGCAACGCUGAAUAACGACUGGAAACUAGAUAAAACUGAUGCAGAUUUUGUUGAUGUAAUUCACACGAGCGCUGGCACAUUUGGGAAACUGGAAGCGACCGGCCAUGUCGAUUUUUAUGUGAAUGGAGGAUCAUUGCAGCCCACUUGUCAAUACAGGAAAUAUCCACCCCUUUGCAGUCAUAUUAUGGCAGGCUUGUACUUCGCAGAAUCAAUAAGAAACUCCGUAUUCGGUGGCAAAUCUUUCCUGGCAAGAAAAUGUGAUAAUGUUGCACACUAUUUAUUAGGAUUGUGUAAUGGCAACGGAAAUAUGGCCCUUAUGGGUGAAAAUGUGUUUUACUUGACACGAGGAACCUAUUAUCUAGAAACAGCAGACAAACCCCCAUACGCAUUGGGUUUCACCUCAAACUACCCGAGAAAAAAAAAGUUUCUAGAUUUAUUAAACGAAAUAAGUAGCAAAUUCAGGGAUUUUCUUUAACAUGUAGCAAUGAGAUUUACAAUAACACUAUUUUACAAGUUUAUGUAUGUCGGCACAAGGUGUUCA